AUGGCUAGAACCAUACAGAGCGGUAUCGACGGGCUGAGCAACGAUGAUGUCCCUAACCCCGGCUUUCAAUAUGCGGCCGACUCCGUUAAUGGCAGUGAGGGCGAGGGCCGUGAGGGCGAGGGCGACGGUGUGUGUUCUGGGGAAACUAUCCAGGGUGAUGAGCGGGAACAUGCGCCAGGCAUGCGUGCGCAAGGAAAGUCGCCUACCAUAACUGGGGCUGCUAUCGAUGCGCUCAGUUCGUCGCCGAUGGAAGGGUUGUACGAUGUAGACGCCGCCAUCCUUAGAGGUCCGAAAUGUAGUUGUAGGGCCCAACGCCAGAAAGAACGUACAAAAUCCCACAAAUCAGCUAAACGGGCUGAGAAGAGGCAGCAGAAGGAAGUCAGUGCGAACGCUGGACUAAAGGCAGUUGCCUUGAAGCGAAGGCUAGAGCAGCAUCGUCAAAAUGUCGGCAUCGAUGCUGGCGAAUUCCCCCACGCGUCGAGUGGAUUUAUUGGCUCCCGACGCCGUCCAAUCAGUGCUGAGAAAGAGGGUAGAAGUCUUGAGGAAUUAGUCGAACUUGGUUUCAAAUAUAUACCUUGGACGGGCGAGAGUCUUGGCAUAUUCGAUGCCGCAGGCCGGCUCGUUGCUGGUGGUGGCACCCCUCGAGGGGAUGGCUGGAAGGACGUGGCGGCAGGAUGUGCCGAGGUCAUUGAAAACACCCGUAGCAAGUGUACGUUCCAACCGAAUCAACUGAAUCAUCGACGUGGCCGCUUUCCCGCUCUGGCAGUCGGUAUAUCAUAUGGGUUCGGGCAACCCAGACCAAUGAGGCUCCAAAAUGCGCCCAAUACCAAGGUCUUGAAUGAACUCAUGCAGAACCCUGACGUCAAGAGGGUAGCUGGUUUCCAGUCGCACCAACUUCGUUUGUUGGCGCCGGCGCUCGCGCAAGAUUACAGGAACACGAUGGAUAGGUUGACACAAUCCCAGCCCGAGUUAGUGCGGAACUUCACCAACAGCGAUUAUGCUGCCUUCACCGUCAACUUUGGGCCUAGGACCGUCUCGAUCCCCCACACCGACUGUGCCAACCUCGCCUACGGCCUGUGCGCCGUGACUGCACUUGGAAACUUCGAUCCAGAUAAAGGAGGGCAUCUGAUCCUAUGGGAUCUCCAAGUUGUAAUCCGGUUCCCCCCCGGCGCAACGUUGCUUAUCCCUUCAGCGUUGGUGCAGCACUCCAAUCUUCCUAUACAGAAUGGUGAGCGUCGAUAUUCCGUGACACAGUACUCCGCCGGAGGAUUGUUCAGAUGGGUGCGUAAUGGACUCUGUUCGGACGCACAUCGAUUACCAAACGUGGACAUUGGAGCGGAAUGGGAGAAUGGGCUGGAGAAGUUGAAGCGCACCGAUCAGUAG